AUGAAUCAAGAAAAGUUAGCCAAACUUCAAGCUCAGGUCCGGAUAGGGGGCAAGGGGACAGCUCGCAGGAAGAAGAAGGUGGUACAUAGGACAGUUACUGCUGAUGACAAAAAGCUUAAAAGUUCACUAAAGAAACUGGCUGUGAACAAUAUAGCUGGUAUUGAAGAGGUGAACAUGAUUAAAGACGAUGGAACAGUUAUUCAUUUCAAUAAUCCCAAAGUCCAAGCUUCCCUCUCCGCUAACACCUUUGCAAUUACUGGUCAUGCAGAAGCCAAACCAAUCAUAGAAACGCUUCCUGGAAUAUUAAGUCAGCUUGGUGCAGACAGCUUGACGAGCCUUAGAAAGUUAGCUGAGCAGUUCCCACGACAAGUAUUGGAUAGUAAAGCACCCAAACCAGAAGACAUUGAUGAAGAGGAUGAUGAUGUUCCAGAUCUUGUAGAAAAUUUUGAUGAAGCAUCGAAAAAUGAAGCUAACUAAAAUCCUCUGGGUUUUGGAAGCUGGCAUGGACUAGAUUUAAC